AUGGCGGAGUUUGAUGAAUCGUCCAAACACAUAGUUGGAUCAGGAUCACAAGACUUCAUUCAAGAAUUGGGUUGCGUUGUUCAUAAAAUGGCUUAUUUCACUUUGAAGAAUUUCCAAUCCCAAAAAGAAACUUUGAUUGCUGGCACUAUUAAGAAUGCAUCGAAAAUCUCAGCACUGAAUACAAAGAAUAGAGCCCUUUUUGAAGUUCCACCUCCUACUGGAACCAUAUCUCUUGCUAGAUAUAUCGAAGAAAAGGUAUAG